AUGAAGGGAUUUAGACAGCGAGUGCACGAGCAGUUGUCGCGGGCCAAGGACGGCAACAAGUCGUCCAAGAAGAAAGACUCCAACUCGUCUUCCCAGCAGGUCGGCAUUCAAUCUUCACAGCAGUCCGUAUCUCCGAAUCAAUCCACCCCGACUUCGUCCACAACAUCUUUGAAUGAUGCGCGAGGCAGAUCACCUGAGGAUGCUUCUCCUGCCGGAACUUCGGGUAUCCCUGGUGCACCUGCACAACAACUCACACCCCAGGCUGGUCAAUCUGUGAGCAAUGGCCUAGGAACGCCCACAAGAAUAGGACAGUCAGGGGCUCCCAGUGUGAUCAUCAGUCCCAGUGCUCCACAUGUUCCUCCCCCCGGUGCCCCCGAGACGAUGCCCGGCGAGCUGGCUCCACCCAGAAAGUCUCAUGUUUUCGACCGCCUUCAGACCACUCCGAAAGAUCUCUCAGAAGGAAUCAGAACCCCCAAGCGUCAGCAUUCGUCGCGCUUUGAUAUUUCCGAUCAGCGCCAGCGAGAGCUUGAGAAGCUGGCGGGAUUCCACGAAGUGGCUCCGAACCGACGUCAAGAACUGUUCAUGCAGAAGAUCGACCAGUGUAACAUCAUUUUCGACUUCAGCGACCCAUCGGCAGAUAUGAAAUCUAAGGAAAUCAAAAGGCUGGCUCUCCAUGAGCUUUUGGAUUACGUUGCCAACAAUCGGGCCGUCAUUACAGAGCCAAUGUAUCCUCGUGUCGUGGAGAUGUUUGCCAAGAAUCUGUUCCGACCUAUUCCCCCUCCUCUGGCACCCCAAGGCGAGGCUUUUGACCCGGAGGAAGAUGAGCCCGUUUUGGAGGUAGCUUGGCCGCAUAUCCAGGUUGUUUAUGAGUUCUUUUUGCGCUUCAUUGAGAGCCAGGAUUUCAACACCAACAUCGCCAAGGCAUACAUCGAUCAUCAAUUUGUGCUUCAGUUAUUGGAUCUGUUUGAUUCAGAAGAUCCCCGGGAACGCGAUUUCCUCAAGACAACCCUGCACCGUAUCUACGGCAAAUUCUUGAAUCUGCGCUCAUACAUCCGACGAUCCAUUAACAACGUCUUCUUCCAGUUCAUGUAUGAAACAGAGCGACAUAACGGAAUCGCUGAAUUGCUUGAGAUCCUGGGAUCUAUUAUCAACGGUUUCGCACUUCCGCUCAAGGAAGAGCAUAAGCUUUUCUUGACCCGAGUUCUACUUCCCAUGCACAAGGUGAAAAGCUUGAGCAUGUAUCACCCGCAGCUGGCCUACUGCAUUGUUCAGUUCUUGGAAAAGGACUCUUCGCUGACAGAAGAUGUUGUUCUGGGACUGCUUCGAUACUGGCCCAAGACCAAUAGCACCAAAGAAGUCAUGUACCUCAACGAGGUCGAAGAUAUUUUUGAAGUCAUGGACCCGGCCGAGUUCGCCAAGGUGCAGGAGCCUUUGUUUAGCCAGUUAGCCAAGUCCGUUGCCAGCCCACAUUUCCAGGUUGCCGAACGCGCUCUUUACUUUUGGAAUAACGAGUACUUUUGCAACCUGGUUAGCGACAACGUGGAGACAAUCCUUCCUAUUAUGUUCGCUCCGCUCUAUGAGAACUCCAAGGGACACUGGAACCGGACCAUUCAUAGCAUGGUGUACAAUGCCAUGAAGAUGUUCAUGGAAAUUAACCCACAGCUGUUCGAUGAUUGCUCCCAUGAAUACACUGAGCACCAAAACAGUGCUGACGAGCGCGAGAAAUUCCGACAGGAACGCUGGGACCUACUGGAGCAACGAGCGAAGAGAGGUGCUGCUCUACCUUCGCUUUCCUCCAACGUUAGCGUGCCGGAGCCAAUUGACGAGGUGGAAGUUCUGACUAAUGAGAGUCAAAAGCGAUUGAAUACCUUGAAGCUACAGGAUGAAGAGGUGACCAAAGAACAACCUUCUAGAGAGGGAACUCCCACAUCUUUCCUUGCGCAGUGGCCGCAGACGACGAAGUGGCAGCGGUAG